AUGGGACAAGGAUCCUCAACGCUUGCAAGAAGAAACAGAGCGCCUAGAGAGAUACUUGGUGUUUCGGAGACAGCCACAGAAGACGAAAUAAAAAAAGCAUACAGAAGAUUGGCUAUGCUGUACCACCCAGAUGCAGCGAGGUCAAGAGGAGAAGAAACCUCAGACGAUGUGUUCAUAGAAAUAAAAGAGGCGUAUGAGAUUCUCAUGAAGAGCGGAGACAAAGCCUCAAAGAAAGUGCCAGCAAGAAAACAGGAGCCAGAGCUGGACAUAGACCAGUUUAUUGCGCAAGCAAAGGCACUGGAGAAGAUAGAGGAAAAGAACUAUUCAAUGAUUAACAACUUGUUUGCUGAAAUAGCGAGAGUAGAGAACAUAACACGGGGAGGACUGUUUAGGGCACCUGCAUUUGGGUAUUCGAAGGGAAUGCCCCGGCCCUUCUACGAGUUCUACCUGAACUUCUCAUCGCUGAGACACUUCAACUUUUCGUGCGAGGACAUUGACAGAAACUACGCAGAGUAUCCGAGGCAUAUUAAAAGAGAAAUAGAAAAAGAUUUCAAAAAAGUAGUAGAGACCAGAAGAGCUGAGUACGCAUCAAAGGUCAAGGAGCUAGUGAAAAUCCUGCAGAAAAAGGACGAGAGGCUGCGUGUUGUCCCGAAAAAGAUAGACCUGAACAUUGUAAAGCCAAAGAUCAGCAGAAACGGAGUGAUACUCACAGACAGCCACAACUUAACAGAAGAAGAGAAAAAGGCAAUGGAGAUGGAGUACAGCAAACAGGAGGAGGAAAGAAAGAAGAAAAAAGAAGAAAAAGCACAGGCAGCAAAGGAUGAAGACCAGUUUGUCUGCGCGCUGUGCAAUAAAUCAUUCAAAAGCAUGAACCAGCUGGGAAACCACUCGAAGUCAAAAAAGCACAAGGAAAAACUAGAACAAAUGAAGCCAGAGAAAAUACAAGAGCUCAUUGACCAGAUAGAGCAAUGCAAAUUGGAAGAUGUGCCCAUUGUAGAGGAUGGUACAGAUGCUGUGUGCACAGAUUUAGAUGAAAUAGAAGAACAGGAGAGCACUUUUUCCUAUGGAGUGGAAAGGAAUAACGAGCCACUGCGCACAAAGCCUUUUGCAGCACCAGUGGAUAAUAAUCCUAUAGAAACCGCACAGGAAGAAGUGCACACAAGAACAAAAGAACACAAAAAAUCUGCUAAGCCGCUAUCAGCUAGCAAACAGAAAGGAAAUAGGAAAGAGCCAGCUCAGAAAAGAUCGGCACCAUGCGAUAAAGACCGUGAUCUGAGAACGGGCACUGCGUUCACUAUGUCCUGUGCCAAGUGCAAAAGCGUGUUCGCCAACAGAAACGACUUGUUCAAGCAUCUCAAAGAAACAGGACACAAUGCAACCGCUAUUAUAUAG